GGGGUAGGAGUGUGACCAUCACAAUUUGUGGGAAUAAGGGUGGAAAAAAAGAAACCAGCCAGAUAAUUUGGAAAGGUGAUGAGGCGGCAGGUCCUUUUUAAAAAGCUCUAGAUAAGGAAUCUUCAGUCUCUAUAGGAGUGGGAAUUACUGAGUUCAUUUGCUGUAACCUUGGUUGACUUUAUCUCUUUUGCUAUGAAAAGGAGCCAGAAGAUGCCAAUUUCUCUCUUGUCCAGUUUAUCUUGCUCAAAAGGGCUUGAGUUUCCAACAAUUUCUGUUAAGACUUUCUGGUUGCCUAGUAAUCAUUUCCAGAUACCUCAAUAUUUGUUAACAUUGGCUGGUUUAGUCAUGCACUUGGCCCAAAACAAGAGGGUACUGUGUUCCUUUUUCCCUCCAGAGGGGUGAUUUUAUUUUGCAUAAUUUUUUUGCUGUAUUGCCUAAACAUAUAAUUGCUUGUAAAUCUUUGUAACGCCCAGCGUAGGGCCUGACCUGCCUCAUAAUUGUCACUUAGUAAGUGCUAAGCUAAAUAAAGUUAACUGUUCCAGUUAGAUCAAGGAGAUAUAUAUGUAUUACCUCCAGGUGAUAGGUGUGGCGGGUGGAGAAGUGCUGGGGACCUGUCCUCUCAGGAUGGGGGAGUGGGGAACAGAAAGGAGGAUGUCCAGCCUGCUUAUGUUUUGCCCUUGACUUUGCUCAUGGGCUGACAUAGUAACAUUUUAACUACCUCUCAGCAUGGCCAGGGAGGAACCUUACCCAGGAGUAAGGGUAGAGUCCACUCCUUGGCUCCUGCUCCCCUCCUGGCCCAGGUGUCAUGGCCUGGGCCCAGGUAGGAAGAGACUUUUCACAGCUUGGUGUCUCGUCCUCCAGAGCACCAAGGGUAGGGAGCCAGCAUGUGCGCCCAAGGACGGGAAGAGCCUCUUCAGCGGGCUGGCCACUGGGGAGUCCAGCUGGUCACAGCACCGCCAGCGGCGCCUGCAGGACCAUGGCAAGGAACGGAAGGAGCUCUUCUCCAUGACUUUGCAGUGUGCAGAGAAGAAGCCUGAAGCUGGUGGCCCGGAGGCAGAGCCCUGCCCGGAGCUCCACGUGGAGGUGCUGGAGACCCUGACACGGGCUCCUGCUGCAGGCCCUGAGGGUGGGGGGGUCCGCCCCGAGCAGCCGUUCAUCGUGCUGGGGCAGGAGGAGUACGGAGAGCACCACUCCUCCAUCAUGCACUGCAGAGUGGACUGCUCGGGGAGGAGGGUCGCCAGCUUAGACGUAGAUGGGGUCAUCAAAGUGUGGUCCUUCAACCCCAUCAUGCAGACCAAGGCAUCCUCCAUUUCCAAGUCGCCGCUGCUCUCUUUAGAGUGGGCCACCAAGCGGGACAGGCUGCUCCUGCUGGGCAGCGGUGUGGGGACGGUGCGCCUCUAUGACACGGAAGCCAAGAAGAACCUCUGUGAGAUCAGCAUCAACGAUGAUAUGCCCAGGAUCCUGUCUCUCGCGUGUAGCCCCAGCGGGGCCUCUUUCGUCUGUUCAGCCGCAGCUCCGAGCCUUGCUGCCCAGGUGGACUUGUCCGCGCCAGACAUCGGCAGCAAGGGCACCAACCAGGUUCCUGGCAAGCUGCUGCUGUGGGACACGAAAACCAUGAAGCAGCAGCUCCAGUUCUCCCUGGAUCCGGAGCCCAUUGCCAUCAACUGCACAGCCUUCAAUCACAAUGGGAACCUGUUGGUCACGGGGGCAGCUGAUGGCGUCAUCCGGCUGUUCGAUAUGCAGCAGCACGAGUGCGCUAUGAGCUGGAAGGCCCACUGCGGGGAGGUCUGCUCUGUGGAGUUCAGCUACGAUGAGAACACCGUGUACAGCAUUGGCGAGGACGGGAAGUUCAUCCAGUGGAACAUCCACAAGAGCGGCCUGAAGGUGUCCGAGUACAGCCUCCCCGCUGACGCCACGGGCCCCUUCGUGCUGUCGGGUUACAGCGGCUACAAGCAGGUCCAGGUCCCCCGGGGCCGACUCUUUGCUUUUGACUCAGAGGGGAAUUACAUGCUGACGUGCUCUGCCACAGGGGGCGUCAUCUAUAAGCUGGGCGGGGAGGAGAAGGUUCUGGAGAGCUGUUUGAGCCUGGGCGGCCACCGCGCCCCUGUGGUCACCGUGGACUGGAGCACAGCCGUGGACUGCGGGACCUGCCUCACUGCCUCCAUGGACGGCAAGAUCAAGCUGACCACCCUCCUGGCCCAUAAAGUCUGAUGGGGCCCGCCCCAAGGGCCACCCACGGAAGCAGUAUUAUCCUGGGAGGCAGGCAGAGACGGCUCAGGAAGACAGGGCGCUCCCCUUCCGGCUCCCUGCCAGGGUGGGGAGUCUUCAGGGAGAGACUGCCCAGGGGGCUCAGGCACUGUCCAGCCGCCUGACGAGAACAGGAGCCAUGUAGAACCGUGGCACGUGUUCCCCAGACAUCGGCAUGCCGGCCUCUGCCAGGAGCAGGCUCCAGAUGGUGGGAGGAAAGCUCAGGAAGCAGGAGAAACAUUGUGAUGGCUGCUGUUGGCCUAGAAGAGAUUGAAAGUAUUUUGUAUAUAUUCGCUCAGUUUUCUUUUUUAAAAAAAGAAUGCUCUUGUGGUCA